AGCAGCACACCGAGAAUGUGUCUCGUCCGCCGGAAACCGCAAGAAGAAGAGCGACAUCAUCGUACAGUUGAGUUUGACUUUAUUUCGUAUCUUGAUUUUUGGAGGAAUAAGUGAAAAAAGCCUCGCUAGAAAUGCAUCGUAGUAACAAGAAGACUGUGAGUAGUAGUAGUAGUAGUAGUAGUGAGCGGACUGGGAUUGUGGAAGUCAAGCAGGUGAUUAGGCUGCUGUGUAAGUUAUUGUCGGCCCUCGGACUUCAACACGUGCCCACGCCGGAGACAUUUAGACGGGCGAAGUUUGGUGAAGUUAAUGUGGAGGACCAGUUCUGGCAACUGCUAGCCGACAUUCAGACAAAGCAAACGGCAUCAUCCUCUGGCAGCAGCACACACAUGCAAAAGGCCUCUGAGUGUAGGACAGCAGUGAGCGCAGGCCUGUGGCAGAGCGGUUACUUUGCUCGCUGGAUGUUCGGGGAGGAGGAGGAAGGAGUUUCCGCCAGGGAACUUCUUCUGGCUCUUGGCUGGCAGUUGGCCUCUGGAACCCUGGAGAAACUGUUGACUCAGCGAGUACAACAACUGGACAAAACCCUAAUCACACCCACUGUUAUGGAACUUGAGCUUUCUCCGCAGCCUGAAGUGCAGAGUACUGACCUGAGGAGGCUCCAUUGGCUGCUUGGCUCCCUGAGACAUCAGGGCCAGAUGCUGCUGUCCAUGCGGGAAGAGCAGGCCGUGUUGCUCCAUGCUGUGUUUUCCGGCAGUCCACUUCCUGCGUUUUCUUCUUCCUCGGGUGAACGCUGCACGGUGCUGAGUGAGAGUUGCGUUGGUGUGCAGGAGCUGUGUGACCUUCUUGAAUUGUACCUCAGGUGGAAAGAAGUGGAGACCGUUUUCUGGAUGUGGAUGGACAGUGUGGUGGGUUGCCAGGUGACGGAGGCUGUGGCUGAGAGGCACACACACGCACACACACCCAGCAGGAGAGCAGGGGUGUGCCACACUGGUGAGCUGUGUGGACAGCAGCUGGAGGGCAUACAGUCCAGACUGACUACAGUGCAGAAAGUACUGAAGACAGCCAGAGGAGACACUGAAGACCGAGGAGAGAGACUCGCUGGUUCCGGGGACAUGCCUCGCCACCCGCCAUCAUCACUCACCCUCUCUCACACGUACCGAGCCAGACUGCAGGCUGGGUGUGCAGUGGAGCAGAGUGGGCAGGUGUGGGUGUGCCAGGUGUCACAGGUGUGGCAUGAGAGGGAGAGAUGUCUGCUGGAGAGGAGGAACACUCUGAGGAGGAGCAACAAGCUGCAGCUGCAGGACAUGAUUGCCAUGAUGGAGGACCUGGUGGUGUUAGCACCUUAAACAUCACCUCUGAUGUUGUUAGCACCAUCAUCACAUCACCUCUGAUGUUGUACAUCACCUCUGAUGUUGUACAUCACUUCUGAUGUCGU